UUGCACACUCACAGCGCUACGCGCAGCGCACUGUAGCCACUAGCGCAGUCGGCGGUCGGCGCGGUGGAUGUGAGCACGCAAGUUUCGUUGUGUGUUUAUGCCCCGAGCAGAGUUCACGUACAAGAUUUCCGCUGCCCUGUCUCGCCGGGCAUUUCACAAUUUUUCGCAAUCGGGCAGGCCGCGUGAUACACACCCGCGCCGACAGAUUCGCAGCCGCGUUCGGGGGAACAAACGUGAAAUUGCUCCGACCAGCACAUAACCCUCCCCCUCACCGCGCUCGAGCAGUCGUCCGCAACAUCACGCAACAUUAUGCACCGUUUUUGACAGCCCGGAGGAUCGCAAAGUGCGUCACGAUUGACACUUGCCUGACGUAGCACGCUUAACGGCGCUCCGAGCCUUCAGAUUCGUCGUCGAUGGACUACGAGAAACAGAAGGACGAGGUCACCGCGUUGGAAAGCAUCUACACCGAGGAGGAGUUCUCGUACCACGAGGAGAACGGUCGGUUCGAAUGCACCUUGAAGAUAUUCGUGAAUCUGCCGGCGAAAUGUCGCCUGUCGUACAGGGAUCUGCGACACGAGGCGGAGCUGGCGCAGGAGGUGCAGAUAUCGUAUCUACCGCCGUUGACGUUGCACGUCACGCUGCCGGAGGACUAUCCGUCCACGUCGGCGCCCACGUUCAUGCUGUGCUCGUCCUGGCUGUACCCCAUAGUGCUGUCUAAGCUAUGCAGGAAGCUCGACGCGCUAUGGGAGAGCGGCAGGCAGGAGAUCCUGUUCACGUGGGUGGAGUUCCUUCAGGACAAAACGCUCGGCUUCCUGAAGAUAAAGGACCGUCUGGACAUGGAUUGCAUGUACACGUCUUACAAGAGGACGGUGGAGAGGUUGCAGGGCAACCCGCAGGCGAACAAGGAGACUAGCGAGCCUAACAACAAGCAGGGCAACAGCGAGGCCGGCCGGGAGGGCGGCGCGUCGAGGAAGACCGGCGUCAUCGACAAGCGUGCCAUUCUGGACUGUCCAAUCGGCAGGAACCCCAUCCAGAUGUUGGUCGAUUACAAUGAGAAGCGGAAGCAGAUCGAGUUCAAGAAGAACUUCUACACGUGCAGUAUCUGCUUCACCGACAAGUCGGGGGAGCAUUGCACGCAGUUCCUGCCCUGUGCCCACACCUUCUGCAAAGAUUGCGUCAGAGGUUACUUCGAGGUGAAGAUCACAGACGGGAAUGUACAGAAUAUUUGUUGCCCCGAAGAGAGGUGUAAAUUUGAGGCUACGCCCGGCCAGAUAAAGGACUUGGUAAGUUCGGAGUUGUUCUCAAAGUAUGAUUCCUUAUUGUUAAGUACUACGUUAGAUACUAUGAAGGAUAUAGUUUACUGUCCGAGACGACACUGUCAGUAUCCAGUCACCCGCGAUCCCGACGAUAAUAUGGCAAGGUGUCCCGUUUGCCAAUAUGCAUUCUGCGUUCGUUGCAAGAUGGUUUAUCAUGGUGUAGAACCCUGCAAAAUUAGCUCAGCUGAGAAACAACGAUUAUUGAAUGAAUAUCAAUCAGCCAGUAACGAGAAGAAGGCCGAAAUGGAAAAGCAUUACGGCAAGAAACAGCUUAAAACGAUAUUGGAGAACACAAUGUCUGAGAAUUGGAUUAAUGAUAAUAGUCACAAUUGUCCUCACUGCAAAACCGCAAUCGAGAAAUCGGACGGCUGCAACAAGAUGACAUGUUCGCAUUGCGGCACGUACUUCUGUUGGCUGUGCGGCACGCGGCUGAAUCCCGAGGCGCCUUACUUACACUUUCGAAAUCCAGACUCCAAGUGUUUCAACAUGUUAUAUCGCGGGAUGAUACCCGACGAACUGGACGACGACGACGAUUUCGAUUUUCAUGCUGAAUAUCUGGAUUAUUAUUCGGAAGACGAAGAAUUUAACCACGAUGAAGAUUUCUUUUUGGAAUAUGAUGAUUGAAUCGAUGUUGCUAAAUUAUAGAUUUGAUUUUUUAAUUUACAUACAAUUAUCAUUGGAUGUCUUCUUAAGAAAACGGUUGAUAGAUAAUCAUAGUUAGAUAGAAUUUAUCUUUUUACAGAAUAUAUUAGUAGUUGUUUUAAUUAAAUUAAAUUUGAAGGAUCAUGUGAAUAUUUGUAUAUGAACAUAUACGAGUCUUCUACAAAUUACAGAAUCGCUGUUGUAAAAUGGAAUAUUGCAAAAUAUACAAUUAUUUUUUCAA